ACCCACAAAGUGAGUUUACUUGCUGCUGGUGUACUUAGUCACAGCUUUGGUUCCUUCACUGACAGCGUGUUUGGCCAGUUCACCGGGCAAAAGCAGCCGGAUGGCGGUCUGGAUCUCGCGAGAACUGAUGGUUGAUUUCUUGUUGUAGUGGGCAAGGCGGGAAGCUUCGGUGGCAAUGCGCUCGAAGAUGUCGUUGACAAACGAGUUCAUGAUGCCCAUGGCUUUGCUGGAGAUACCAGUGUCAGGAUGAACUUGCUUCAACACCUUGUAGAUGUAGAUGGCAUAGCUUUCCUUUCUCUUUCCCCUCCUCUUCUUCUUUCCAUCAGAUGGAGCCUUAGCCUUUCCAGCUCUUUUCUCGCCUUUCUUUCCUGCAACUUUAGGUGCCAUCUCUCUUGAUAAGAAUGGAAGUGAAUGGUGUACACUUACAGAAUAUUGUAUUUAUAACAAAACCAGCAGGGGAUCAAUUAACAUACGGAUCGAAAUCUUUGAGUUUUCAUUGGUUUCUUUACCUCAAGGUCAACAAGCUUCCUGCAUACAUCAUCAUAUUUCAUAAACUACUUAAAAUUGUUUAGUGUGAUUGGUGCGUUUCGAUCCUAUUCAAAUUUUGCCGCGCGUAUAAAUUUUAAGGCUUGCGAGUAACAGUUUAUUCACUCGUACGUUCUCGUGCUAAACAUAAGUUUUACAACCAUGUCAGGUCGCGGUAAAGGAAAGGCAAAGGGCACCAAGUCCAAGAGCCGAUCAUCCCGAGCAGGGCUUCAGUUCCCUGUUGGUCGAAUCCACCGUCUUCUUCGCAAAGGCAACUAUGCUGAGCGUGUUGGCGCUGGUGCUCCAGUCUACUUGGCUGCAGUACUCGAGUAUUUGAGCGCUGAGAUCCUCGAGUUGGCGGGCAACGCUGCUCGUGACAACAAGAAGACCAGAAUCAUUCCCCGUCACCUUCAGCUUGCAGUCCGCAACGACGAAGAGUUGAACAAACUGCUCGCCGGGGUCACCAUCGCACAAGGAGGUGUUCUGCCCAACAUCCAGGCUGUUCUUCUGCCCAAGAAGACCGAGAAGAAGCCAAAAGCUUAAACAGAUCCUUCCCACGUCAAAAACAAACGGCUCUUUUAGGAGCCACCAGAUUUCAUAAAAGUCAUGAUCAACAGAGUCACUUUAUUAUUAGUAUCAGUACAGUAGGCCGUAUCAUGGGUGUUGGAAUCCUCUUCUACUCACUUCCCUAACGCUUUCGCGUCGAAAACAUAUUCGUAAAAAUUACAAAGAAAAAAAAGUAAUAUAAGAUGAAUUUAGGAAUUAAGUAUUUUUUUAACAAUCCUAUCUUUAUAUCGCUGGCGGCAAACAAGGUGCGAAGAUAAACACUCAUAAGCUAAUUAAAACUGCAAGCAAGCCACCAGACAUGACUAGUAUCGAAACGCGACUUUUUAAAAUGUAAAACAUUAUUAAUACUACUACAUGAGAAAUUUCUGUAAUUUGAUUGGUUUAGAGCAGUGGUAUUUCAACUUAAUUUGAAAUACCUACAUGUGAAAAUUACAAACCUUUUGCGGGUAGUAGUAUAAACAAAUAAUAGCAUGAUUUGUACGUGAUAUUUGGCAUAAAUACCACCCGUGAUAUUUCAAAAUUGUCUCAAAUUUCACUCGCCUAACGGCUAGUGAAAUUACGUAUAACAAUUUUGAAAUAUCACUCGUGGUAUUUAUGCCAAAUAUCACUACUAAUCAUGCUAUUACCUAUACAAAUACUGUGAGAAGGGUAUAAGGAGAGUGGACGAGCUCUAGUCAGGUGAAAAUCAGUAAUUAAUGUUAUUGUGAUAAUAAGUUAUAACAAAUCCUCAUCAAUGGCCUCCAAAUGCAAAUUUUAAAAAAAUUAGUUCACCGUUAAAAUCGCGCGAAUACUUUUACUAUAUUUCUCAAACAAACAGCUUUCCAAAUUUAUACAUUCUGAUAUGUUAGCAUAUUUUUAUCCGAGUGCAAUGCGAUUUAUACUCUCAGGUACUAGGGUAAUUCAUAGUGACACCAUUAAAUACUAGUACGAGUAAAAUUUAUUGGCAAUGACUUUUAAAGAUGUGGUGGCUCCUAAAAGAGCCGUUGGUUUGGGAGUGCAGCGUGAAGAUUUAACCGCCAAAUCCGUACAGAGUACGUCCCUGGCGUUUGAGUGCGUACACCACAUCCAUGGCGGUCACAGUCUUGCGCUUGGCGUGUUCGGUGUAGGUCACAGCAUCACGGAUCACAUUCUCAAGGAAAACUUUGAGAACACCACGAGUCUCUUCGUAGAUCAGGCCAGAGAUUCGCUUAACACCGCCACGGCGAGCAAGACGACGGAUAGCUGGCUUGGUGAUGCCUUGGAUGUUGUCACGAAGAAUCUUUCGGUGACGCUUGGCGCCUCCUUUUCCUAGGCCUUUGCCUCCUUUACCUCGACCAGACAUGUUGUUAGCUGCGUAGAAGAUUGACCAAUAAAGUGGCAAACGAAUCUCACGGCAUUUAUACCGCAAAGAAGGACCUCACUGAAAACAAGACACAAGAGAUAAUAAGAGGAGGGUCUCUAUUAGUUAGUUCGGACAAAAGAGCCACGAGGUCAAGGUAAUUAUUACCUUACUUUUGCUUCGUAAGAGAUUUGCGAACAGGUUAAAAGAGAAAAUAAUAGUCGGUAUCAGUCAAAAACCAGCCAUAAACUCUUUGACUGCUUUUACUAUGAUACUUUCUAAUUAUUUAGGGCGAAAACUUUGCAUUUACAAUUUCCAUUAAUCCAAAAUACUGGUGAGUAUCUAAGGAUCGAAACACAGCAUUACAGAUAAAUGACAAUACUUUGCUAAUAGUCUUGAUUGUCCAAUGAAAUCGCAUAGUUUUUGACCAAUCGGAAAGAAGUCCGCUAAGUAUAAAUAUAUUGUGUUCACAUUUAUUGCACAUCAUAUCCGUUAAUUUUCGGUUAGUAUUGAAGAUGGCACGUACAAAGCAAACUGCACGUAAAUCAACUGGUGGAAAAGCUCCACGAAAACAGCUCGCCACAAAGGCAGCUCGUAAGAGCGCGCCCGCCACUGGUGGAGUCAAGAAACCUCAUCGUUACAGGCCUGGUACAGUCGCUCUUCGUGAGAUCCGUCGUUACCAGAAAUCGACCGAGCUGCUCAUUCGCAAGCUGCCCUUCCAGCGUCUUGUGCGAGAAAUCGCUCAAGACUUCAAGACCGAUCUGCGUUUCCAGAGCUCUGCUGUCAUGGCUCUUCAAGAAGCUAGCGAGGCUUACCUCGUUGGUCUCUUUGAGGACACCAACUUGUGCGCCAUCCAUGCCAAGCGAGUCACCAUCAUGCCUAAGGACAUUCAGUUGGCCCGCCGAAUCCGCGGAGAGCGAGCAUAAGUAAAUUCCUUGCACUACAAAACAAACGGCUCUUUUAGGAGCCACCACAUCAAUAAAAGCAAUGACCAAAAGCAACACAUUUUGUGCUCAACCAUGCUUCAUAUUUCUUUACGUAACAUUAACAGCACACACGAGGAAACAGUAUUUUUUUUUGCUAUUACGCAAAGCUUCCCCUCAUUUUUCUAAUAUAUAAUUCCACAAAGUGGCCACCACAACGAAAGAGUGUUGAAUUUUCUUUACACUUAAAUCGAAAAAAAUCUUUGAGUUUUUAAUAGGAAACUUUAAAGUUAUUAAAGGGUUCAAGUUAAACUGAGAACAAUGAGAAGUUAAGGGUCUAAUAGGACAGUCAUGAGAGAAAAAAGAAAAGAAUCUCUUCGACCAGGAUAUUAAAGACACUUACGGGAAAAGAGUUAGAAAAAAAACUUAGGUAGAAGUUUAAGGCUUUUAUCGGUAUAAAAGGACAUUGACUUCCUGGGAAGUGACAUUUGGCUCGAAAUGUAUGCAAAUUCAGCAAUUAAAAUCAUGACAGAAAGAAAAAAUAUAUACAUAUAUAUAUAACAACGUUGUAAAAGACACAAAUUUUAAUUUGGAUAAAAGGUUAUGGAAAGCAAAGGUUACGGAAAGCUGUUAUAUAAGCUGAAAUAAUUUUUAAGUGCAGUUAAAAUUUAUGGAGGUACAUUAUCAGUUUCUAUUAUCUACAUAACAGCGCAGAGUUUAUGCAAAUCACACACCGCUCACUGGUGAUUCUUGCUCAACAAAACUAUUUCAGUUAACUUUUGAUUUUUGCUUUGAGGUGUAUUAAAAGAGAUUUUCAUUUAGCUGAUUUAGCAUCGCAUAAGAAAAGGCAGUAAAGAAACAUAACCAAAGAAAACCCUUCAGGUCGAAGAGCGUUUGUGAGAAAUAAGUUGGUGGGCGACAUUCAAGAAGCUCUGACAGCUUUGGAAAGUUUCACUCAGCCACUGUUGAAUCCACUGUCUCAAAAGCUAAUUUAAAUUUAACAUCCUCUAAAAAACGGAAAAGAAAAUGUGCCGUUCUUCAUUCGGAACUGAUGGCAAUCAUAAAAGCAGAGUGACCGUUUGUUUGAUGUUCAUCUGAGUACGGUCGUCUCGAUCUUCGAAAUGGAGGCCAAGGAGUUUGUCCUUGUUGUCUUGACAAAAGAGAAUUUAAACCAUACUAAAUGAAGCAAAUUUUGCAAAGUAAUGACAUAUGGUUGAAGUACAGGAGUUAUAUCAUCUCCUAAAUGAAUUUAAAGAGAAUGAAAGUCGCGAUUGCAAAAGAUAAAGGACUUAAAAGAUCAAAUACCUAUUAGAUUUUCUGGAGUUAAAGAAUAAAAAGCUAUUUAUCUCUACCUUCAAAUGCCUCAAUUCGCAAAUACUAUUGCCAAUCAAUUUUUUGAUAAAUUGACGCUCGGUUUUUAAACUUUAGAAGGAAUAACCUACUGUGUUACAUCACUUUAUUCGACGACAUCUUCAGUAAACUAGCACAAAAGCAUGGUGCGCCAUGUUCGAUGUCUGUGUCCUCAGUGGUCCGCAAAGAACUCAUAUACAUCACAGUGCGACCUUCGACUCUUCAGUUCUUUCGUUUCCGAAGGUAUCGUACAAACUUCUUCGUUAUGUCUCAAGCAAAGUCACCAGCUAAAAAGAAGCCAGCUGCGCCUAAAAAGCCAGCUGAGCAUCCACCAUACCUUGAUAUGAUCAAGGCUGCCAUUGUCGCUCUAAAAGAGCGAAAUGGUUCUUCUCGUCAAGCCAUCGAGAAGUACAUCAAAGCCAACUACAAGGUUGGUGAGGUCGGCCCACACUUGAAGAUGGCUCUCAAGAGAGGUGCCGCGAGUGGAAAGUUGUUACACACCAAAGGUGUUGGCGCAUCUGGCUCCUUCAAGGUCGCCAAGGAGGAAAAGAAGGAGAAGAAACCAGCGAAGCCAAAGAAGCCCGCCGCCAAGAAGGUAGCAAAGAAACCAGCGGCUAAAAAACCGACAGCAAAGAAAGCAGCGGCUAAAAAGAAGCCAGCGAAGAAGACACCAAGUAAAAAACCCAAGAAAUCCGCAGCGAAAAAGCCGGCAGCAAAGAAACCAGCGGCCAAGAAAUCUGCGAAGAAGACACCCACAAAGAAACCUGCCGCCAAAAAGUCCGCUAAGAAAUCUGCCACCAAAAAAUCUCCAGCAAAGAAGAAGUAA